AUGCCCAGCCUUAAAUACCCACCUCCUGAGGCAUUCACCCUUAUUGAUCUUACUGGCAUUACCAACCCUGCAGAGUUGGAAGCCAUGCUCAAAUAUGCACAGUCUUGCUACAAGCGUCAUGUUGAAAGCAUCUGUAAGGGUCAAGUCCUCUGGGCUACUUUAUUAUCACCCUCUUUCAAUGAUCCUGCCAAUGCCCCCUUACUUGCCAUGGCUCAGCAGUUCAUCAAACAGAAUGAACUGAAGCCACAUUAUGAGCCUUUUGGAGAAAUACACUACGAUUUGGGCCAGCCUCAGGAUGCCAUCCCCAAGAACCGAGACACCAUCCUCAUUGAUGCCCAGCCUCUUUUUAUAUACUCAUCUGCAGAAAGGGUUGAACUGCAGGUCAACCACCAUGGGUUAUGCAUUAGCAGAGGAGCAGAGCAUGUAUACCAACACCAACAGAGCAGUUUUCCCAUUGGCCCCUAUGGCACCACAAUCCCACCCUACAACCAGGAUAUCAAUCAGGCUGCCAUGCAUUGCAAGUUCUUCGAUAUAGAGUGGUCUCUGCCUUCCAUUCACCUUAAUCCAACUUUCAUGCAAGCAGCAAUUCAGACCAACCACUGGAUCAUGAUUAUUCCCACAACUGGCUUCUUGCCAAAAGGCCAACUUGUCUUUAGCCACAUUGAUAGUGGUUUCAAGGGAAUAUUUGACCACUAUGCUCUGGCAACACCUAACCUUUCCCCUGGCACCUACUUGCCGUAUGACAUAGUUGCCUUUGGUGACACCCUGAUCCCAGAGGAGAUUCCAGGCACCCAGAUCACUCAUACCCUCACAGUCAACACUGAAACCACCUCUCACUCAGCAGAAAUUGUAUGA